CGGCGGCGGCGGCGGCGGCGGCGACCCACAGUGAUUCGGCCGCUGUGCCGGGGGGUGGGGGGGCCGAACGGGACUCUUUUCUUUCAGACUGACCGCGGGGCAGCUGCGGAGCAUGUCGACCCCGGCCCGUAGGAGGCUCAUGCGGGAUUUCAAGCGAUUGCAGGAGGACCCACCUGUGGGGGUCAGUGGUGCACCGUCUGAAAACAACAUCAUGCAGUGGAACGCAGUUAUAUUUGGACCAGAAGGGACACCCUUUGAAGAUGGUACUUUUAAACUAGUCAUAGAAUUUUCUGAAGAAUAUCCAAAUAAACCACCAACCGUUAGGUUUUUAUCCAAAAUGUUUCAUCCAAAUGUGUAUGCUGAUGGUAGCAUAUGUUUAGAUAUCCUGCAGAAUCGAUGGAGUCCCACAUACGAUGUCUCUUCCAUCUUAACUUCAAUUCAGUCUCUGUUGGAUGAACCGAAUCCAAACAGUCCAGCGAAUAGCCAAGCAGCACAGCUUUAUCAGGAAAACAAACGGGAAUAUGAGAAGAGAGUUUCGGCCAUUGUUGAGCAAAGCUGGAAUGAUUCCUAAUAGACACCUGGUCUGUUCAUCUUUUCAUCGUUGUUGUGUAUAAUUUACCUCCCAGUAGAAAGGCUAGCAAGUUUUAAGUGCCACGGGUUUUAAGGAUUCUGCAGAGAAAAAAGAAAAAGUCCUUCAGUUUAGAACCUACAAAAGCUUGUGUAUCUUGAUUAAUGUACUUUUUAUUGCAUGGUGUGAACUAAGUUAUUGCUGCAUAAAUUUGUAAUAUAUCCUGUUUGUAUUUUUUUCCAAGUGUAUAAUGUUGGUGUGGAGUUUUCAUGACAGAAUAUACACAUUUUGUAAAUCUGUACUUUUUUCAAAUAUUGAAUGCCUUAUUUUUGAAUUCUUUAGAUUUUUAAAUUGGAGAAAAGCACUUAAAGUUUUUUAUAUAUGAAUAUUACAUGUAAAGCUGUUAAAAUACAUAACUUCAGUGCAAGAGACUUUGUCACUUAUUUCCUUAUCUGUGCAGGAGGGACUGAGAAGUCUCUAGCUCUCCGCCAGGUGAGAGCUUCAUUUCCAACUGCAGAAGAGCAUACUUCUAGUUUAUCAAGAAAGUCUGCAAAUUUGAAUCUAAACCAAUUCUGAUCUCCGGCUUUAUUUUGAAUGUACUUAUGUUAGUUCAGUUGAGUAAUUAUACACUUACUGGUCUGAUUCUGUCCAGCUCUGUAUUUGGGCCACUUGUUAACGUGCGUUUCUCAUGUUAAACUGUACCUAUUGUGACUUCACAAUUGGCACCUCGACCACGAGCAGAGCUGAUUUACUCUGCUGCGUGGCAGCACCUUCACAGGCUUUUGAUUAAGAAGAAAGUAAAACCAUCAUCAUUUACUAAAUACCGUGCCACAGUGUUAGCAAAGGCCGGUUGCGUUGGUUUGAGCAAGGCAGAUAUUUGGAAGGAAUCUUGGUGUGACUUGAAUAUUUGCAAACUACCUUUUAAUGCAGCUGCGCGCUACCUGUUUAUUCUGGAACUGUUGAGCACCAGGGCCUGCCGAGUUGCUUCUCACCUCCUCAGUUGUAUACCAGUUGUACUGCAUCUUAGUUUACUGGAUAGAUUUAAAACACAGUAUUGUAGAAAGCUACUACAAAGCUAUCCUAUGCCUUCAAAUAGUAUAGAAAAUGGAAAAUAUACCAGUAAAUUCUGUUGAACCA